AGGACGUCAAACUGUCUCGAAUUUUCUUCUUGUGCAAAUUUCAGAUUUGCAAUCAAAACCCCCAAAAUUCCCCCUUCAUCCCUGAAAAUUCUAGUCCAACCACCUGAAAACCCUAAUUGCCAUGAGAGAAACUCGCAGGUUCUCUGUCCAUCUCGCUCUCGGCGGUGGCCCAGUUGCCGAUGUUUUAUUGUGGAAGAAAUGGUGUGGCAGUGUUUCUCUGCUCGUAGGUUCAACAGCCCUUUGGUUCCUAUUUGAAAGAGCGGGCUAUAAUCUCUUAUCGUUUAUAUCAAAUGUCCUAUUGUUAUUGGUUGCGAUCUUGUUCUUCUGGGCUAAAUCUGCAUCACUUCUCAAUAGACCUUUGCCGCCUCUCCCUAAUCUGGAGUUAUCAGAAGAAAUUGCUAUCAAGACUGCUGAUGAGAUGCGAGUCUGGGUAAAUUAUGCAUUGUCAAUUGCGCAUGACAUUGCAAUUGGUGGAAACUUGAGACUCUUUAUUCAGGUUACUUUGGGUUCAUGGUUUAUUUCCUGCAUUGGCGGUUUCUUCAACUUACUUACCCUGCUCUACAUUGGUAUUCUUCUUAGUUUAUCACUUCCUCUAUUGUACGACAAGUACCAAAAUCAAAUUGAUGACAAGCUGACUGUAGCACACAACAUCGUUCAGACACAAUACCGUAAAAUUGAUUAUAUGGUACUGAGAAAGAUAUCAACGCCUUCAGACGAGGACAAAAAGAUCCAGUAGACUAACUGUUGGUUAACAUCGACGUUCAGCACCAGCCUGUCACUUGGGAAACCGCUAACCUUACAUUUCAUUAUUGUGGCACAUUUAGUUAGUUUUGGUAAUUUCUAGUCCUUGUGGCUCUUUGUACCACUGGACAUAAAUCUCAUGGCGAUAAUAGUUUUCAUUAGGAACAUGAAAGAGUUUUCAUUAGGAACAUGAAAGUUGAUGAGACUGGGACGAGAAUUGUGCUUAUUGGAAAGCAUCAAUUAGUGAAUAUCACAAGUCUAUAUGGAUGAUUGCAGAUCUGGUUAUGCUACGUGGCUAGUACUGUUUGUACUGUUGUAUUUGCUUUGUGGUGUGAAUGGCCGUAUACAUGUUUCUACAUUCCGAGGGCAUUAAUAUGUGUUUUAGUGUAAAUAAAUACAAUUGCCUUCACGAUUCAGA